GGGGCGGAAUCGGUAUCGGUGAUAUAUAGAGACGGUACUGCGGCCAGGACUCCUCCUGUAUUAUAGCCGGGUGUUGGGGCCGUGUAAUAUUGCGCCGUUCGUGGCCAUGAGACCGCAGGCAGCUGUGGCCGGGAAAGUCUUCAUCCAGAGGGACUACACCAAUGGCACCUUGUGUCAGUUCCAGACCAAGUUUCCCUCUGAGCUGGAGACUCGGGUCGACAGACAGCAGUUCGAGGAGACGAUCCGGACAUUGAACAACCUGUUUGCGGAGGCGGAGAAGCUUGGAGGCCAGUCCUACCUUGAGGGCUGCCUGGCCUGCCUCACUGCCUAUACCAUAUUCCUAUGUAUGGAGACGCACUAUGAGAAGGUUCUGAAGAAGAUUGCAAAGUUUAUUCAAGAGCAAAAUGAGAAGAUUUAUGCUCCGCAGGGGCUGCUCCUGACUGACCCAAUAGAAAGGGGCCUGCGUGUGAUUGAGAUUACGAUCUACGAGGACAGAAGCCUGACUGGCAGAUAGGACAGGGGGUUCAUCUUGUGCGUUGUAAAUAUUCUCCGCUGUGAGACCGUCCUCCCUGACAUUCCUUCAGUUGCCAUUCCUAUGUCAGCAGCGCGUCCUUAAUGACUUCUCCAUACUGUACCUCAUGGACUCGGUACCCCUUUCCUGUGCCAAUCUGUGACCCUGCCAGCUUGCCCUCCUGGACCUGAUCAGAGAAGGUGGAAUAUGGCUCUGCGGAAUGGACAUCAUCUUCUGGGGGUGGGGGUAGUGCCAAUAUUCGUUCUCCUCUAAUGCUUUGACAUCUUCUUUGAGGCCACUUUUUUAUUUUUAUUAUAUUCGUAGCUCUUAAAUGAUACAAUGAAUGCUUCCGGAAAUCAGGAUGGUGUGCAUGUACGCUGUGCCAGGGUCAUCCAUCACUGGAUGGAAUUCAUCAUCUUGCAGACAGAGGCUGUUGUCGGUUUUCUGUCCCUUAAAGGAUAACUGUCAUAUUUUCAUCAAAAAAUACAUUUUAGCAUAUGUUACUGCUGCAGCAGCAUUAUGAAUAAAGCAAUCUUUAGUAGCUUCACUUACAACUGUUUUCCUUGAG